UACUCGCCCCCCCUCGUCUUCCGCUGCCUCACAAAUUCCGGGCGCAGAAAUGCAAUCCCUUGGUAUGCCUUCUUCUUACUCCAUUCUAUUCUCUCCUGCUACCUCUACGGAGCAAACAACUACCUUCCCCAUGGCGGGGCCUACUCCUUCGUCUACAUUUUCUUCCGCUUCCUCCUCCUCCUCCUCCCUACGACCGCUACGACGGGCUUUGCUAACCAGCGACUUAUCCUUUGAUGGCUUGAUAGUUCCCAGGAACCGCCGCGUACGAUAUACCUUGUUUGUGCCUCGCUUCAAGUAAGACUUAGGCUAACUGGGACUCGUAGCCUAAAUUUGACCUCACUUUAGAGGUGAGAAGGCUCCUUGUUUCUCUUGUGAUGAGCCACCCGGCUAAUCACUGGCAAGCUAGAUUCAUGAUCUCAAUAACGUCCCGCUCGUUUCCGGUCAAGCGUAUGUCAAGUGGCACAUCAGUGGGACAGCUCGUUCAGACUUUCGCGGCCGAACAAACAAGGAGAACAUUAAGGAGCACAAAGUCAAUUGGCACUACGCUCAAGUCUGCUCCAAUGUUCGCAUGACUGUCGACCGGAGUGGUAUGCUGCAGGAGCUGCCUAUAGUUUUUGAGGUAAUGCAGGAGUAUGCUGGCGCUCGUGAACGAAUAAUCCUCGGUUCUGUUACUCUUAAUUUGGCCGAGUACACUCGUGUGAAUAAGGAAACGAGGAGGUAUCUGAUGCAGGACAGCAAAAUCAACUCGACGCUGAAGGUGAGGAUUUUUUAUUAUUCCUUGGCCAGUCUGGAACACCGAAAUUUGCCACCUGGUGGGUGAGUGAUUUUGCUAUCUAUUGGAAUUACUCGGCCACCGGCAAGGUUUUCGCAUAAAAUUUUUUUGAUCUACCAGUGAGAACUCGAUCACAGCAGCGAAAACGGGACUCAGUCACCGGUUUGCGAAUUCUACUGUUUCAGAAUGUCCUGGGGAUGAUGGUUAGUUUAUGGUAAUACUGUUGGCUGACUCCGACCUAGGUUUCAAUUUCUCUGAAGCAGGUUGGUGGAGAUUCAAAUUUCGAAUCGUUAGUUUCCCAGAAAGUCUCGAUUAAUGGAUGCGGCUGAUAAUUUAAUGCAGUCCUAUGCUAAGAGGUGCACAAGUGUUCGGUGGCAUUGCAGGCAUCAUUGGAGAAUCACAGAACCAGGAAGACACCGGAAGUCGGCGACCCGCCCAAACCCUGUGUUUCCGAUGAAACUAACGUGCAACAGUUGCAACAGUUGCAACGUACCAAAAACGGGAAGCAAGUGCGAUCCAAGAUAUGUAUCGCUGUACCCUCGCUGCAUCCUGGCAACUUCAAGCGGGCGAACUCCAUCCCGAAGAGUGCAUCGAGGAUAUAUUCGCCGGCGGUGAUGGCUGGACCCCUAAAUCCGAGCGUUGUAGAGUUGGUAAAGCGAAAUCUGUUCGGUAUGAGGGUGGUUUAAGCAGGGGCGGUAAAGGCAGCGACAGUGAUUCUCUGAGCGCUGUGAGCGCAGGUGCCACUAGUGGAACCAGUUCCUCAACAAACCAUGCGGCAGUGCGGGGCCAUGCCAACACUAAAGAUGCUCGAAGGCAAAAGGAAGGCGACACCCUCAGCAUAAUGAGCAACCUUACUGGACCGAAAGUCGAGCGAAAGCAGAGCGGCCGUAGCACGAGGAGUGCUCGCAGCGCUUAUGAGGUGGACGAGUUGAGAGCUAGGGAGGACCUAGUCAGCUGGAGGAUGCCCUCGGCCGUUCGGUAGACACAUCCCUUUUUUUAACACUUUUAUCGCUUCUCCCUUGCCCUUGUGUCAUACUUUCCCACUUUUUAUUUCCUAUCUUGCGGGGGCAUAAGUGCGUUUUGGUAUGGGUUUCUUCUUUUUUUCAUUUUUUUCAGAAAAAUAAAGAUCACUGGCUGUCGUCCCUGUUUUCCCUUUGUACUCAAAUGUUUCUUUUUUGUUAGAGAAAAAGCGGCGUCGGCGAGUUUAUCGAUUGGAUCGAUUUUUAUCUUUCUUUGCAUGUAUUAAUACCACUUGAUGGGAUGGUUUAGGUUUCUUUCUUGAGUUAUACACUAUAGGUGAAGUAGACAAAAGCGAUAGAUGGGGGGGGGGAGGUAUUUCUGGGUGAUUAUUGUAACAAUACAAUGGGGUGUUUUGUCGUGCCCAUACUGUAUGUGAUUGGUUGAUGGGUUGAUUGAGCGGAGGUCUUGCAAUGAGGUGUGUUUCUGAUGAUGAGGCUGCGCUGGCCUAUCGGGUGUCUGGCGUGGCUAACGUGGGUUCGAAACGGGCCGGCACCGACUGCGCGAGAAGGACCAAAGGGUAUUGGCUCUCUCGGGAGGCAUUUCGUUUGCGUAAAUGGAAUGUGCGUAUUUUUGGUUUGCUGGUACUACAGGGUGUUGUAGCUUAACCAGUGUGUAUGAUAUAUGUCCAAAGGCAACACAGUUGGCAGGAAAUCAUAUUGACUUUCUUACCCGCACGCUACUCGUACUGCGCUGUACUGUAUUAUAGUCUGCUCAUCCAGUAACCAACCAGUCAGUAUAUGAUAAGCCCCACGAAGAGGGAAAAAAAGACCGAAGGUAUGGAAAUUCAAAUCAAUAUCCAACCUUGGCGGUGGGAGGGGAAAGGAGGAUACGCAUAUUCGUGAGUGCGGUAUCGUAUCACGGUUCUGUACUUGUGGAUCUCCUAGAUAGCAUAGUAUCGAUACGGUACGGCACUAUACUCGAGUACAGUACUUGUCUAUUGACCCACAUUUUCCGGACGACCGCGAGUAUCUCACAAGGCGGAUCAGGGCGGGAUUCACGUGUCU